AUGGCUUCAUCAGAAGGAAAUAUACGCCAAAACAAACAUUCAAUUCCAAUUGAUAUUUUAGAUGAUCUUUGCAGUCGUUUUAUAAUAAAUCUUCCGCCUGAAGACAAAGCAAAUUUGGUUCGUAUCUGUUUCCAAAUAGAACUGGCACAUUGGUUCUACCUGGAUUAUUAUUGCACCGACGAAAGCACAAGACUCAACCCGUGUGGUAUCAGGGAAUUUGCAGCACAUAUAUUUCAGCAUGUCCCUACACUUCGUGAGCAUAUUAGGAAUCUUGACGAGGUUUUGGAUAACUGGAGGGAAUAUAAGCAAACUGUUCCAACAUAUGGAGCGAUCCUGCUCGAUACUGACUUGACUCAUGUAUUGUUGGUUCAGUCUUAUUGGGCUAAGGCGUCGUGGGGUUUCCCUAAAGGCAAGGUCAAUGAGGACGAGGAACCAUGGAAAUGUGCUAGUAGAGAGGUGCUAGAAGAAACUGGUUUUGAUAUAAGCAACCUUAUUAACAAACAAGAUUAUAUUGAGGCUACAAUUCACGAUCAAAUCGCUAGAUUGUAUAUUAUAGGAAAUAUAUCACGAGAUACAAAGUUUCAGCCGCGUACAAGGAAUGAGAUUAAGGCCUGUGAAUGGUUUCCAAUAGCGGAUUUACCAGCGAACAGAAAAGAUAUGACGCCCAAAGUUAAAAUGGGGGUCAGUCCGAAUGCAUUUUUCAUGGUGCUACCGUUCGUAAAACGCAUACGACGCUGGGUGGCUGAAAGGCAUCAAAAAGUUUUCAGGCGCACCCGCCAUAAAUCAAUGGGCGAUAUAGAUAUGACUCACAACAAAAACAAAACUAUCUCGCAAGGACUGCAAAAUGAAAUUCAGGAAUAUCAGCAGAAUUCUAAUCAAAAAGUAUACAAGAAUCACAGCGUCACCAAAACGAACGGUAAUAGGAAGGCGGGAAAAAUGUCCAAACGUCAAUUAUUUACGCCGCAAAACGUCCAUACGAAUAAUUUCUCGCCGGUAAAUAAAGAUAACAGUCCGAUAGAUGAUGUUGAAGAUAAUUCGUAUUACAAUUUCGUAGCGCCAUCCUGGGCUAAUUUUAAAUUUGACAGACGCGCCAUCUUAGAUUGUUUGACUUGA